UCAUCUAUUUCUUCUUAUUCCCCUCGCCUUCCAUUCUUCAGAGACCAGCGAGAGCGAGAGCGAGAGCGAGAGAAGGGUCUUCUUGUUGAUGAUUUUCUGCUAAUAUGGCGGUGGAGCUAAUGGCUUACAGGAGCGAUGCCUUUGCUGCAACAAGAACAGAAGAGAAUGCAGUGGAAGAAGCUGCAUCUGCGGGGUUACAGAGCGUUGAGAAGCUUAUAAAGUUAUUAUCUCAGAGGCAGCAGCAACAACAGCAGCUAGAGCAGGUCCAUGCCUCGUCAAACCCUAAAGUUGCCGUGGAGAUUGACAUGGAUUGCAGAGAGGUUGCAGAUGUUGCUGUGAACAAGUUCAAGAAAGUGAUUUCGUUACUGGGUAGGACCAGAACCGGCCACGCUCGCUUCAGAAGGGCUCCUGUAGCUUCUCCUCCCCAAAACAAUCCUACCACCUACGAAUCCUAUGCCGUGGCCCAUCAACAAACGCACCAGCAACAGCCACAGCCUCAGCAGGAGGAGGGGAAAGAGAAACAAUCAUCUGGGUCCAAGAUUUAUUGUCCAACGCCGAUCCAACGACUCCCACCUCUUCCAGUUCCUCAUCAGAGUCAACAUCACCAUUACUUCCAACCCAACAACAAUCCUAAUCUUCAGAUGACGAAGAACGGUAUUCUCGAGAGAAAGGAAUCGACAACCACCAUUAGUUUCAGUGCUUCUCCCUCUAUCUCCGCCGCGACUUCAUUCAUGUCUUCGUUAACCGGCGACACGGAUAGUAAGCAGCCUUCCUCAUCCUCGACGUUUCAGAUUACCCAUCUUUCUCAGGUUUCCUCUGCUGGUCGCCCUCCUCUGUCUUCCUCUUCGUUAAAGAGGAAGUGCAGCUCCUCCGACGAUGCCGCCGGUAACAAAUGUGGUGCCUCAUCUGGGCGUUGCCAUUGCUCAAAGCGAAGGAAAUCAAGGGUGAAGAGGGUGGUCAGAGUUCCUGCAAUUAGCUUGAAGAUGGCCGAUAUCCCACCCGACGAUUACUCAUGGAGGAAGUACGGACAGAAGCCAAUUAAAGGAUCUCCACAUCCAAGGGGUUACUACAAGUGCAGUAGCGUGAGGGGUUGCCCUGCAAGGAAGCAUGUCGAACGAGCUUUGGACGACCCAUCGAUGUUGAUCGUCACUUACGAAAGCGAGCACAAUCAUGCCCAUAUCACAGAGCCAACCAGUCUCAUUCUGGAGUCUUCUUAAAGUUCGUUAGUUUCAUCAUCAAAACAGAGAAGGAAAAAGAAAACCCAGAUU